GUUCUCUAAGAGCGCCCCCCACCUCAUCUGGAGCAUCUGCAUCAACAUCUGGAACAUUAAUCCCUUCUGGACAACCUGCCUGUAGCCAGCUUGGACAAGGAGAUGUACGAAAUGGGAUACCUGCUUCUACAGUUCCCUUGCAAAGAACCUCUGCUUCUCAACAGUUCGUGGCGGGCACAGCACCUCCUUCUAUGGCUCACCCUCCCGCUUUCCAGCAAUACGGACUGCCUCCAACUAGCACCCAACAGCUGGCCAAUCAGAUGGCAGAAAUGCAGAUAGGCAGGGGAUCAUCCUCUAUUCCAUCCCCAGCUGGACUGAACUAUGGUCCUCCAACAUCAGUUAUGCCUGCCUCAGGAAGUUUUAUUGCCCCUGGAUCUGGGCAAUAUGUGUCACAUUCAGGCCAAGGUCCACCACCUCCUAAUGUUUCUCAUGGAUUGCCUCCUACCACCUUGCCUCAGGGAUCGGGUCCCUCGGCCCUGCAUACUUCCUCUCAACCCCCAUUUGCUCCCCCACCUUCAACUGCUGGGGUUGGAGUAUCCAGUUAUCCUCCCGCUACGGGGAUUUCAAGGCCUCCCACAAUGCAGGGUGCAUUGUUGCCUGGACCACCAAUGACUGGGCUGCUGACUUCCCAGCCAAAUCAUGUGACCUCACCACCACCUCAGCCACUUAUGACAGGACCGCUUCCUAGGCCACCAGUAACAGGACUGCAGGGACCGCCUCCUGUCCAUCCUUCACAACCAGGAUACACGCUGCAGCAAAAUGGUUCUUUUGGGCAAAAUAGGGGAACUCAACCAAUGUAUGGUGCAGCUUUCCCCGGACCAGCAAAUUAUGGAAGUCAGCCUGCAGCACCACCACCACCACCUCUGCCCAAAAGACUUGACCCAGACUCUAUUCCUAGCCCAAUUCAGGUCAUUGAAGAUGACAGGAAUAACCAUGGGUCAGAACCAUUCAUCACAGAAGCACGUGGGCAAGUCCCACCUCUUGUUACUACAAAUUUCUUGGUGAAAGAUCAAGGUAAUACAAGUCCCCGCUACAUAAGAUGUACUUCUUAUAAUAUUCCCUGCACUUCAGAUAUGGCUAAACAAUCUCAAGUUCCUCUUGCUGCAGUCAUAAAACCGUUGGCUGCACUUCCCACAGAAGAGGCCCCUCCUUAUCUGGUGGACCAUGGGGAAUCGGGUCCCAUUCGGUGCAAUAGGUGUAAGGCGUACAUGUGCCCCUUCAUGCAGUUCAUUGAAGGAGGAAGACGAUUCCAGUGCUGCUUCUGCAACUGUGUUACUGAGGUGCCAUCUCAUUACUUCCAGCAUUUGGAUCACACAGGCAGGCGGGUGGAUUACUAUGACAGACCUGAAUUAUCAAUGGGCUCCUAUGAAUACCUAGCUACCGUUGACUACUGCAAGAAUAACAAGUAUCCCAACCCUCCUGCUUUUAUUUUCAUGAUUGAUGUGUCGUACAACGCAGUGCGGAGCGGCUUGGUCAGACUGGUAUGUGAAGAACUGAAGACCCUCCUGGAUUACCUCCCCAGAGAAGGAACUAUGGAAGAAUCAGCCAUCCGCGUGGGUUUUGUCACCUACAACAAAGUUCUACACUUCUAUAAUGUCAAGAGCUCCCUGGCACAGCCACAAAUGAUGGUUGUUUCAGAUAUAGCAGAUAUGUUUGUCCCUUUGCUUGAUGGCUUUCUUGUGAAAGUGAGUGAGUCUCGCACAGUUUUUACCAGCCUGUUGGAUCAGAUCCCAGAAAUGUUUGCUGAUACAAGAGAAACAGAAACAGUGUUUGCUCCCGUGAUUCAGGCUGGCAUGGAAGCUCUAAAGGCUGCCGACUGUGCUGGCAAGCUUUUCAUAUUUCACACAUCGCUGCCUAUCGCAGAGGCUCCAGGGAAGCUGAAGAACAGAGAUGACAAGAAACUGAUGAAUACCGAUAAAGAAAAGACUCUGUUUCAACCUCAAACCAAUUUCUACAACAACCUAGCCAAGGAUUGUGUGGCCCAAGGGUGCUGCGUGGAUCUUUUCCUUUUCCCAAAUCAGUAUUUGGAUGUAGCUACCUUGGGGGUCGUUCCGUAUCAGACUGGUGGCUCCAUUUAUAAAUACACAUAUUUUCAGGUGGAAACAGAUCAGGAACGCUUCUUGAAUGAUUUACGUAGAGAUGUUCAAAAAGAAGUUGGAUUUGAUGCGGUGAUGAGAGUGCGUACUAGCACAGGUAUUCGAGCAACAGACUUCUUUGGAGCUUUCUGCAUGAGCAAUACAACAGAUGUGGAAUUAGCAGGUUUAGACUGUGACAAAACAAUCACUGUGGAAUUUAAACACGAUGACAAGCUAAGAGAAGACAGUGGAGCCUUACUCCAGUGUGCUGUAUUGUAUACCAGUUGUGCAGGACAGAGGCGCCUGCGCAUUCACAAUCUCUCCCUGAACUGCUGCACACAGCUGGCUGACCUUUAUAGGAACUGUGAGACAGACACACUGAUCAACUUUCUGGCUAAAUUUGCAUAUCGUGGAGUACUGAACAAUCCAGUCAAGACUGUGAGAGAUACACUGAUCAGUCAGUGUGCCCAGAUCUUAGCAUGCUAUCGGAAAAACUGUGCUAGCCCUUCUUCUGCUGGACAGCUGAUCCUUCCUGAAUGCAUGAAACUUCUCCCUGUGUAUUUGAACUGUGUUUUGAAAAGUGAUGUGCUCCAGCCCGGGUCUGAGGUCACCACUGAUGAUCGGUCCUACAUCCGCCAGCUAAUCAGUGCUAUGGAUGUUGCAGAAACGCACGUUUUCUUUUAUCCCAGACUGUUACCACUGACCAAAAUAGAUUACAGCAGCAACUCCUUACCAACAGCAAUCAGAAACUCAGAAGAACGCCUCUCCAAGGGUGACAUAUACCUACUAGAAAAUGGCCUGAAUAUAUUUUUAUGGGUAGGAGUAAAUGUUCAACAAGGCCUGAUCCAAAACCUUUUUGGAGUCUCAUCAUUCAGCCAGAUCAACAGCUCUAUGUGUACACUACCAGUUUUGGACAAUCCCUUUUCAAAAAGAGUGCGAUCCAUUAUUGAUAUGUUCCAGGCGCAAAGAUCACGCUACAUGAAGCUUAUCAUUGUGAAGCAGGAAGACAAACUAGAUCUGCUGUUCAAACACUUCUUGGUGGAAGAUAAGAGCAUGAAUGGGGGGGCUUCGUACGUGGACUUCCUCUGUCACAUGCACAAAGAAAUUCGCCAGUUGUUGAGCUAGAGUCAGAAUUAUGCUGGAUGCCAGCAUUGACAUCUGUCAGGUUCAGCUGAUUGACUGCUCAUAGGCGAACCCAUCUCCCUUUGGAAGGACUAUAGAAAAAUCUGUGUAAUUUCAUAAUUUUAAUAUACUUCAUAAAGUUUCAGCAUCUCCCAAAAUCUUUUAGAGAGAGACAUGAACGAUCAAAACACCUACUUAGGGUGAUGAAAAAAACAGUAUGAUUCUGGGUCCUAAAUCUACGCCACUCACUAAGAUUGGCAGAAAACGACAUCAUUUUUCUCCCGACAGAAGAAAAAGCGAUCACUCUCCAAGAUUAGAUGGUGAUGCAAAGUUUGUGUAUGUGAUAAGUCUCUAUGAAAAGAAAACGAGCCAAAUAGGAAAAGGUGGUGGCUGGCCUACUCAGUUGGGACGUGGAUGUCAGAUAGGGUGGUCACUUCUUAAAAUUUGAGAAUUCAAUAUACUGUAAUCAAAUUGUAGAAUGGUGUCUUUUAAAAAAAAAAAUCCCAAAUUUUGAGCUAGGGAAAAAAAUUGACUGUGUAAUUGUGUUGCUACACAAAUUUGCCUUGAAAUGAGUAAAUGGAAACAAGCAGGUCCUGUCUCUAGGAAAGUUAAAUCUGUCUUUUGGUUGAUGUGAAUUGGCGUGGCCAUCAUGCUUUGCGAAAAGAAGCAUCUUUUUGUCAGUA